AUGGGCAAAGAGAUGUCUAAUCCUCCGACCAACCAAAAGCAUCAGCCUACGGUGGCGUACACGGUGGAGCAGCUCGUCGCGGUCAAUCCCUACAACCCCGACAUUCUCCCCGAUCUCGAAAACUACAUUAACAAGCAGUUCCACCACCGCAGCCUCCAAACCCUCCACCUCAACCUCCACGGCUCCUCCACAGCGGCACAGCCCGACGAGUGUAGGAUCUCCGCCGCCUCAGCUCUCGCCAUCCUACAUCCCCGGCUCCUCGGCUCUCUCUUGCCGACAUCCCCUGCUCCUCAGUCGACUCCGAAGUUUGAGCCUGGAGAGAUGGCGACAGCGGCGGCGGGUGGUGGUGCCGGAAAGUCCAACGUCCCAAAAUCCGGCGCGAUCUCGAAAGGAUACAACUUUGCUUCCACCUGGGAACAGAAUGCUCCAUUGACCGAGCAGCAGCAUGCAGCAAUUGCCGCUCUAUCCCAUGCUGUUGCCGAACGACCAUUUCCUCCAAAUUUGGCACCAGAGAAAGCAGCUGGACGUGAAAAUGGUCUGUCUAUUUCAACAAAGCAUAGCACCUCAGAUGAUUCAGGGGCGAUGGAGGCCGCUCUGGUCAACACCAAUCAGUUCUAUAAAUGGUUUGCUGAUCUUGAAGCAGCCAUGAAGUCAGAGACAGAAGAGAAGUACCAGCAUUAUGUACGGACAUUAACUGAGAGGAUACAAACUUGUGACACUAUACUCAAUCAGGUGGAUGAAACCCUCGAUUUAUUUAAUGAAUUACAGCUACAGCAUCAAGCUGUAGCAACAAAAACGAAAACUCUGCAUGAUGCAUGUGAUCGACUGCUUUUGGAGAAGCAAAGGUUAAUUGAGUUUGCUGAAUCACUCCGUGCUAAGCUCAAUUAUUUUGAUGAACUGGAGAAUGUUGCUACCAGCUUUUAUUCUCCAAGCAUGAAUGUAUCACAUGAGAAUUUUCUUCCUCUUCUAAAAAGACUUGAUGACUGCAUAUCGUAUGUCGAGAGUAACCCACAGUAUGCUGAGUGCAAUGUUUACUUGGUAAAGUUUCGACAGCUUCAGUCCCGUGCUCUAGGAAUGAUUCGUUCUCACGUACUCUCUGUUCUUAGGAAUGCUUCCUCUCAGGUCCAAGCGGCAAUAAGAAACAGCGCUGGAAACAAAGCAUCUGUCUCCGAGGCUGUUGAGACAUCUAUAAUAUACGUCAGGUUCAAGGCAGCAGCGAACGAGCUUAAGCCAGUAUUGGUGGAAAUUGAAAGUAGAAAGCCAAGAAAGGAAUAUGUUCAGAUUCUUGCUGAAUGCCACAAACUUUACUGUGAACAAAGGCUAUCUUUGGUGAGGGGCAUAGUGCAUCAGCGUAUCUCUGAAUUUGCCAAGAAAGAAGCCUUGCCAUCAUUGACUAGAUCUGGUUGUGCAUACUUAAUGCAGAUGUGUCUGCUCGAGCAUCAACUUUUUGACCAUUUCUUUCCUUUAUCUUCAGAGGAUGUUUCAAGUUUGGCCCCUCUGAUAGAUCCACUGUGUACAUACUUAUAUGAUACAUUACGUCCAAGACUUAUCCAUGAAGCAAACCUCGAUGUUCUCUGUGAGCUUGUUGAUAUUCUGAAAGUUGAAGUGCUGGCGGAACAAGUAAGUAGAAGAGGAGAGUCACUUGCGGGAUUACGCCCAACACUGGAAAGGAUAUUAGCAGAUGUUCACGAGCGUUUAACUUUUCGUGCUAGAACUCACAUUCGUGACGAGAUUGCAAAUUACCUUCCUUUGGAUGAAGACCUAGACUACCCUACUAAACUGGAGCAAUCAGCUGAGACAAAUUCAGAAGCAUCCUCUAGUGUUGAUAACCCAGAUGUUUCUAGGACUUGGUACCCUCCACUUGAGAAAACUAUAACCUGUUUGUCUAAACUGUAUCGAUGUUUAGAGCCAGCAGUUUUUACUGGUUUGGCCCAGGAAGCAGUUGAAGUUUGCUCUUUAUCCAUUCAGAAAGCUAGCAAACUUGUUGUAAAGAGAUCAUCCACAAUGGACGGACAACUGUUCCUCAUAAAGUUUCUUCUUAUUCUCAGAGAGCAGAUUGCACCAUUUGAUAUUGAAUUCUCAGUUACACACAAGGAGCUUGACUUCUCUCAUUUGCUGGAGCAUUUGAGAAGGAUUCUUCGAGGCCAGGCAUCACUAUUUGAUUGGUCAAGGUCUACAUCCUUGGCAAGAACACUCUCUCCACGAAUUUUGGAAAGUCAAAUAGAUGCGAAAAAGGAAUUGGAGAAAAGCCUUAAAGCCACAUGCGAGGAGUUCAUCAUGUCAGUGACUAAGCUGGUCGUAGAUCCUAUGUUGUCUUUUGUCACCAAGGUCACUGCUGUCAAAGUGGCUUUAUCCUCUGGCAGUCAAAAUCAAAAGGAGUCUGCCAUGAGUAAGCCACUCAAGGAUCAAGCUUUUGCUACUCCUGAAAAGGUUGCUGAGAUUGUCCAAAAGGUGGGUUCGGCUAUUCAAGAAGAGCUGCCGAGGGUAAUGGGUAAAAUGAAGCUUUAUCUGCAGAAUCCGGCCACACGCGCCAUACUUUUCAAACCAAUAAAGACAAACAUAGUCGAAGCCCAUAUUCAGGUGCAGACCUUGCUUAAAACGGAAUAUUCUCCCGAAGACAUACAGAGCAUUGUCAAUAUGGUCACGAUACAAGAUUUGCAGGCGCAACUCGAUAACCUCAUGUGA